AUGCCUACGGCCGCAGAUGCACCAGCUACAGAAGAGGGGCGUAUCUCCUCCCCAAUGACGAAACGGAGCAAGAUCGCCUCGAUUCGCUCCACUACGUAUUCCCUUUUAUACUCGAUGGGAAACUCCUCCACACACCCAUUGACCCAACCCACAACGGGCAUUGGAUCUCGGGAGCGCACAGUCUAUGGGCUCUAG